GGCCGAUAUGCCACGUGACGGGGACGGCAGGUACGAGACGCCUCCAGCCUCUGAGCUCCAGAGACUGCUGUGGGUCAAACCCGGAACCAGCGGCCAUCUGGACGAGGUCAGACCUGGAAUAUACAUCGGAGACAUGUACGCAGCGAAGGACAAACACAUGCUACAGUCGCUGAACAUCACAUUCGUGCUGAACGCAGCUCACGGGAAGUUCAACGUUAACACAGGAGCCAGUUACUACAGAGACACUAAAAUCACAUAUCACGGCGUGGAGGCGUUUGAUAUGCCCUCAUUUGACUUGAGCCCCUUCUUCUACUCCGCUGCCAAGUUCAUCAAGAGUGCCAUGAGCACCCCUGGAGGUAAGGUGCUUGUGCACUGCGCAAUGGGUUUGAGUCGCUCAUCGUCGCUGGUAUUGGCGUAUCUGAUGAUCCACGAGGACAUGACGCUGGUGGAAGCCAUUAAAGCCGUCGCACAACACAGAAAUAUCUGCCCAAACUCUGGCUUCUUAGAACAACUGCGAGAACUGGACAAAAAACUGCACUACCAGAGCACUGCCCUGUAACACUGGACAGACACAUUCACAUCAUGUUUAAUGAUCAGAAAUACACUACAUUAGGUACAGUAACAGAGUUAUUGACGUGCAAAAAGUUACUCAACGAUGAUGACAAUUCCUUGACAGAAAUGCAUGCCAUAAACACAUAUAAUGGAAUUACAUGAUUUGAUACAGGAUUUAAUUUAUCAAUUAAAACGAGGUCUUUUUUUAA